UAUUAAUCAAUCAAUCAUCGAUGUUGUUUUUUGGCUUGGUUUUUGGAUUGCAAAAAAUGUGAAACAAAAUUUCUUUUUUUGGUUUUUUAGCUCAAAAACAACAGCGAAAAGGUCAUCGAUUUUUUUCAAAGUUUUUCUAAUCAAAAUUCGAUAUACUAAUCAUGGGUCAAAUACUGCCCACAGCAUCGAUGCAAAAACCACCUGAGCAUAGACCGGGUGAACAUUUUCUACCAUAUGAUGCAAAUGCAUGGCGUCGUUUAUCAUCAACAUAUCUUAAUCAAAUGAUUUCAACUGGUAAAUUAACUAAAAAUGAAUUGGAAAUUAUUGAAUUAGAACGAUAUUGGUUAAAUCGUCGUAAAGCUAAUUAUCGUCGUAGUUAUUCAUUAAGUCCUGUUGAACAACAACGAAAACGACAUGGCCGUGCUGGCGGUUAUCGAUCGAUGAAUAGUGCAUCAAGUUUAGGCAAUUUAGCCAAUAUUUCCAAACAAAAUCGACCAACAACAGCAUCACCUGUUUUAAGAAAUUUUCAACAAAGUAGUCAUAUAACCAGAAAAGGUGAUAAUCGUUAUCAUUCAUUAGUGAAUGUUUCAUCAAUUAAACCAACAAAAGAUCAGAUUAAAAAUUUAGCAUCAAAUUUAGCUUAUCCUGAUGAUCGUUAUUCUGAUCGUAAUCAUCAAUCCAAUCAUCAACAGCAACAAAAAACAUUAUCACCACCAGUGCGAACAUUUCGAAAUGAACAUUUUUCACCACCAUAUGAUUCAAGUUUUAGUUCAUAUGAUUCAUCGAAUCAAUCCAGUUUGGUAAAUCAACAACCGCAUCAACAACGACAUGGUCGAUUCGAACGAAAUAAAUUCGCUAAUAAAACGCUUAUUAAUCCAACAACAACAACAACACUGAAAUCUGGCCAUGAUAAUGGUAAAAUUCAAAAUAAUUUUCAAAACAAAAAUGAUGAUGAUUAUUCACAAAAAUAUCCUGCCAAUUUUCGAUUUCCAAAUCAUUCUUCUUCGAAUAGAGAGCAGCCACCGAAAAAAUUUCAAGAAUAUUGUCCAACAAAAAAAUCGGCUUUAAAACAAUCGAAUGGAUAUACCAGGAACGAUAAUGUUGAUGGUGAUGGUGGUGGUGAACAGGAUCCAUUUCUUCGUGAUAAUCAUGAUGAUAAACAAAGAUUAAUAAAUAAUGAUUCACCAGAUUCCGGUUUCAUACGAAAUGAUUCGAUUCGUACAACAGGUGAUCAAAGAAAUUUUCAAACAGAUCCAUUAUGUCAAAGUAAUGAACGUUUAGUUGAAAAACAACGACAACGACAAAAUAAAUUUGAUUCAAGUUUUAAACGUCGUCAACAACAAUCUUAUGUACCGGAUUUUCGUAUCAAUUCUCAAGAACAUUUAGAUCAAUCAUAUCGAUCAAUACCACAGCCAACUAUCGAUGAUUUUCAAGUGAUCAAUGAUUCUACUAAUCGUGUUCAUUUUGAUGAUUUCGGACAGGAAAAAAAACAUCGACCUGGUUCUGCACAAUUAAUGCGUCAUUAUCCGAAUAAUCAGAAUAAUAACAUUGAUCGUUUUCGUUAUUCAAUCGAACAACAACAUCCAUCAAUCCGUACAAAUUAUGCCGAUUAUUAUCAACGUUUUGAUCGUCCACAAUUAAUAUUUUCGAAAAUUAUUUAUAUAAUGUUAUUAAUUUUAAAUAUUUGCCUGGUUAUUUGGACAAGUAUUUAUAUGCAUUUUGCAUCGAUUAAAAUUAAACUUGGUGAACCUAUCAAUGGUCGAUUAUAUUCAAUGACACACAUCGAAAGACAUUUAUGGCAGGCAAUUGUUAUUGCAAUUUUAUCACUAAAUUGUUUAACCACAAUGGUAGCUAUUUAUGCAACAAUUCGACAAAAAUAUUGGCCAAUAUUCAUUACAACAAUUCUAUUCUUUCUAAUCGGUGGUUUUGGUGCAAAUUCUGAAUUUUUACGUGGUAGUAUUUCUGCUUGGUUAUUACCAUUAUUUUGUGGAAAUUUUGGUAUUAUUUUAACACAUCAAUUAGCAAUUAAUCAUUAUUCAAUAUGAUUUUUAUUUUGUUUU